AUGAGAGCCGCGCGGCUCGCCCUCUGCUGCGUCGCCGCCGCGUCGGCGAAGAUCGGGCGCAUCGCGGCGCACGGCUUCGUCAAGGGCGGCCAGUACCGAUCCGCGCCCCUCGGCCGCGGCACCGAGGCGGAGCGCGCGGCCCUCGAGGCGGCGCGGGCGGCCAAGGCCGAGCUCGACGCGGAGAACCGGCUCCGGCGCGACUCGCACCGCUCCUGGGAGCGGCGCGACAACGGCACGGACCGGGCCAACGCGACGGGCGGCCGGGCCGGCGCCGCGGCCGACGCGAUCAUCCUCGAGUUCCCCAAGAGCGGCCGCACGUGGCUCUUCGGCCUGCUCACCGAGGCGGCGCGGCUCAAGGGCGGGCGGAAUUUCACGGUCCUGCGGUCGCACACCAUGGGCGUCAUCGACCACCCGUUCCUCAUGUCGCCGGACGCGCUCGCGGCCGCCAAGACGGGCCUCCUCGUGCGCGACCCCCUCGACGUAUUGGUGAGCUCGUACUUCGAGCGCGUCUACCGCGCCAAGGGGAGCAAGGCGAUCCCGCGCCACGUGCAGCUCAAGGCCUUCGUCGAGUGGACGACGGGCUCCAUUGCGACGCACGUCGCCUUCCUGAACGCGUGGGUCCCCGCGGCGCUCGCCGCGCCGGACCGCGCCGUCGUCGUCACCUACGAGGGCCUGAGCGCCUGCGCGCCGCGGCGCGCCGCCCGCGGGCGGGCCCCGCGCCGCCGCCGGGCCCACGCGACCCCUCCCCCCCCCCCCCCGGACCGCAGGCCCGCUCCACGCAAGGACCACCCGACGGACGCGAAGCACGUCGAGGAGUCGUCCAAGUUCCGCGCGGGCAAGUCGCACGGCGCGCACGAGGCCAUCACGGCCCACGUCUACGCCAAGGCGCGCCGGGCCCUCGAGGCCCUCGACCCGGUCGUCCGCGACGUCUUCCAGCGCGCGGCCGCGCCCUGCUUCGUCUUCAACGACACGGGCCCGGCGAAGCGCCAGUGGUGCCACGCGUCCGUCAUGUCCACCCAGGAGCUCGUAUGCGAUUAA